UCUCUGGAAUAGGAAGAAAGAUCAAUAUUCAAAAUAUUCUCAGUGAAUGGAGACUUCAUCAUUAGUAAUGUUGAAGGGAAAGGCACAAGGAGCUACAGUUCCAUGUAUUGCAUAGAAGCACACCCUAACAUCUGGCCACAUCACAAUGAGCCUGUGAAGCUGAUGGAGCCAGCAAGCUUGCUCACCUGGAAUUAUGUUCUGAAUGAAGCUAUCAGAUUUUCCCUAACCAUGCAACUUGUUGCCUUGCUGUUGGUAGUGUUGUGGAUAAGAUGGAAGUGUUGGACACUUAGAAUCAGAGAAGCCUGGUUGCUGGAAACAACUCAAGUGGUCACCAUGCUGUUCAUAAUCACAGCCCUUCUCUGCUGUGCAAUUUCUUUUGCAGGACUGUGCAAUGGGGUAUUGACAGAAGAGACUGAAAUAACCAUGCCAACCCCUAAGCCUGAGCUAUGGGCAGAGACCAACUUCCCUCUGGCCCCAUGGAAGAACUUAACCCUCUGGUGCAGAAGCCCAUCUGACUCAACUAAGGAGUUCGUGCUGCUGAAGGAUGGGACUGGAUGGAUUGCAACUCACCCGGCCUCAAAGCAGGUCCGGGCUGCUUUCCCCCUUGGCACCCUGACCAAGAGUCACACCGGGAGUUACCACUGCCAUUCAUGGGAGGAGAUGGCUGUGUCGGAGCCCAGUGAGGCACUUGAGCUGGUAGGGACAGACAUCCUCCCCAAACCUGUCAUUUCUGCAUCCCCCCCAAUCCGGGGCCAGGAACUGCAAAUCCGGUGCAAAGGAUGGCUGGCAGGCAUGGCGUUUGCUCUGUAUAAGGAGGGAUUGCAGGAACCUGUCCAGCAACUUGGUGCAGUUGGGAGAGAAGCCUUCUUUACAAUCCAAAGAAUGGAGGAUAAAGAGGAAGGCAAUUAUAGUUGCCGCACUCACACUGAAACACACCCCUUCAAGUGGUCUGAGCCCAGUGAAUCCCUGGAGCUUAUUAUAAAAGAAAUGUACCCAAAGCCCUUCUUCAACACUUGGGCCAGCCCAGUGGUCACUCCUGGUGCCCGAGUGACUUUCAAUUGCUCCACCCCCCACAAGCACAUGAGUUUUAUUCUUUACAAAGAUGGAAGUGAAAUAGCGUCCAGUGACAGGUCUUGGGCAAGCCCAGGGUCCAGUACAGCUCAGUUUCUGAUCAUAUCGGUGGGCAUCGGUGAUGGAGGGAAUUACAGCUGCCGCUAUUAUGAUUUUGCUAUCUGGUCUGAGCCCAGCAACACUGUGGAGCUCGUGGUGACAGAAUUCUACCCCAGACCCACUCUCAUGGCAAAACCAGGUCCUGUGGUGCUUCCUGGGAAGAAUGUGAUCCUGCAGUGCCAAGGAGCUUUCCAGGGCAUGAGGUUUGCCCUCGUGCAUGAGGGAACCCAGGUCCCUUUACAGUUACAGAGUACCUCAGGGAACUCAACUGACUUCCUCCUACACACUGUUGGAGCAGAGGACUCUGGGAACUACAGCUGUGUUUACUAUGAGACAACCAUGUCAAACAGGGGAUCACAUCUCAGCAAGCCUAUUAUGAUCUGGGUAACUGACACUUUCCCCAAGCCAUGGCUGUUUGCUGAGCCCAGUUCUGUGGUUCCCAUGGGGCAGAAUGUUACUCUCUGGUGCCAAGGGCCAGUUCAUGCAGUAGGGUACAUUCUACACAAAGAAAAAGAAGACACUUCAAUGCAGCUCUGGGGAUCCACCAGUAAUGACGGGGCAUUCCCCAUCACCAAUAUAUCUGGUGCUAACAUAGGACGUUACACCUGCUGCUACCACCCUGACUGGACCAGCCCUGUCAAGAUACAACCUAGCAACACCCUGGAACUCAUAGUCACAGGUUUGCUUCCCAAACCCAGCCUAUUAGCCCAGCCUAGUCCUAUGGUGGCCCCCGGAGAAAAUAUGACUCUUCAAUGUCAAGGGCAACUGCCAGACUCAACAUUUGUCCUGUUGAAGGAUGGUUCUCAAGAACCCUUAGAGAAACAGCGGCCAAGUGGCUACAGGGCUGACUUCUGGAUGCCAGCAGUGAGAGGUGGAGAUUCUGGGAUCUAUAGCUGUGUUUAUUAUUUAGAUUCUGCUCCCCUUGCAGCUUCCAAUCACAGUGACUCCCUGCACAUCUGGGUGACUGAUAAACCCCCUAAACCCUCCCUGUCAGCCUGGCCCAGCACUGUGUUCAAGCUAGGGAAAGACAUCACCCUUCAGUGCCGAGGACCCAUGCCAGGUGUUGAAUUUGUCCUGGAACGUGAUGGAGAAGAAGCACCUCAGCAGUUCUCAGAGGAUGGAGACUUUGUCAUUAACAACAUAGAAGGAAAAGGCACUGGAAACUAUAGCUGCAGCUACCGCCUCCAGGCCCACCCUGAUAUCUGGUCAGACCCUAGUGAUCCUCUGGAGCUCGUGGGUACAGCAGGGCUUGCUGCUCAGGAGUGCACUGUGGGGAACAUUGUCCGAAGUAGCCUGAUUGUAGUGGUGGUUGUAGCUUUAGGGGUGGUGCUAGCCAUAGAGUGGAGGAAAUGGCCCCAACUUCGAACCAGAGACUCAAAGACAGAUGGAAGGGACCAGACCAUAGCCCUUGAAGAGUGUAACCAAGAAGGACAACUGGCCACCAACUCCAACUCUUCAUCCUCAAUCUCUCAGGGACCCUCAGUGGACCUGCCAGUCCCAAUAUAAUAAUCUCCUCCUUAACAAAAGCAUUCCCCUCCUCCCUCUUUUAUCCUCAGAGAUCUGCAAAUC